UACAAGUGUGAAAUAUUCCUCUGUAUUUAUACAAGUGUGAAAUAUUGUACAGAUAGUUCCUGUCUCAAACUCUGCUUCUCAUUUUUGGAAUAUUUAAGAGUCUUCUCUCCGUUUCUAUGUCUAUCUGAAGUCACUGCAUCUCCUUUCUCUUGUGUACUGUGCUGAUGUGCUAAAGUCCCUCCCAGAGCUAAAGACCCUCCCAUCCACACCCUCUCCUGUACUGCAAUCCCCUGACCCAGGAUAGAGCCCGCACCCGUCCCCCAAACUCCCCCUAGCAUGCAUCCCUGCUGCACCCAAACUCCGUCCCAGAUCCUGAGCCCCAAACAUGGCCAAGUGAACCUUUUGUGAUUCCUCACAGGGGCAAUGGGGAUGUGGGUCAGAGACCUCAGAGCAGGGGGCUCCAAAGUUUUGAAAGUGCAAUCCAAUAUGUACCUCAUAUAUAAAUACCCUUUUUCCGCUUCCUUCCUACUCCUUCUCCAAGGUGCAGACCCUGCACCCUCUAUCCUCCCUCUCUUGCCCAUCCUCAGUCUCUUUCAUCAGCCUGGGACAGAGAGUUGGGUGCACAGGCUCUGGUCUUGGCUUAAGGGAUCUGGAGUGUGAGAAGGGCUCUGAGCGACUCUUGGGGCAUGCAUUUAGGAUGGUGUUCUAGGUGCAGGCUUUGGGAGGGUAUUUGGAUGCAGGGGUGCUCAGAGCUAGGAUAAGGGCUUGGAUGCAGGACUGGGUUCAUACCUGGGGUAGGAGUUAGGGAUGUGUGCUCCAUUUUGGCACUGCUGGUGACUCCUGGAUGGUGGUGGAGUGGGGCUAAAGCAGGCUCACCCAUGUCUUUGCCCUAUAACACUCCCUAAAGCUGCAAGAAAACUCCAUCCCUGGUCCUGUGGAGAAAGGAUACAGAAUGGCAUAUGGGGAACCCUGACAUCAGCACCCCUCUUUUUCCUCCCCUGCCCUGCACAGAAAGCAGGAGACUCACAGGCGGAGUAGCAGCUCCAAGGGCAAAGUGCAGGACAUGCACAGCAGUGGGGGGAAGGGCAGCUGAAGUGCUGGCACUUGAUAUCCUCUUGGCCAAACCAGUCAAUAUUACCUGACAGAGGCUACAAGAUCUACUGGUUGGUGACCACUGCCUCAGAGUGAGUGGCUGGCCAGGGGCAAUGUGUCAUGUUACUGCAGGUUCAGCCCUGCUCCACCCAGCCUAGUACAAGGGCACUGCUUACAAACUGACACACAGUGGCCCUCCUGGCCCUGAGCUGAUGCCAUCAUGCUUCUUCCUAUUGUGGGCAGGCCCAUGCCACACUCUGUUACCCCACCUAGCACCCCUCUAACUCCCUACACCCAGUGCCACACCACCCAGAGACCCCCACAAAUCACUAUGCCUAGUGCCUUCCCACAGACCGCUAUGCCUAGCGCACCCCUCCGUAUCCCUUAACUGUCCAGUGCCCCCCCAUAUUCCCACCACCACAACUGCAGUGCUCCUCACAGACCCCCCAUGCUUCACAGCGCCCUGACACACGUAGAUCUCUCUCCCCCACUGCACAGCCCCUAACACACACAGAUCUCCCCACUGCCCAGUGGCCCCCCAAACUCCCCAGCAUCACAAAAUAAAUCCCAAAACAAACCUUCCCCACUGCCCCAUCACUGCCCAGCACCCACUGCCGAUCACCUCCCACCCCUUCUCUUCCCAGCACCUCACCAGGCCACUGUCCACAAUACCAAGCCUUGAUAGGAGGCGAGGGUCCAGACCCAGCUGUGUUAGUGGGCCUGCUGCCACAGUGCCAUUGUAUUCCCCUUACUAAAACUCACUUGUGGUGUUUUGCUUGGCUAUUUCACAACACCAACAGAAAGUGGAGGGUUGAAUGUGAAAUCAUUGCCUUGAUACUGAGAGUCCCCUUGAAAAAUGGUUAGAGUCCAAUGCUCUAGGUCAUCCACAUUAACAGGAUGGUCAAGCGAAUCCAGGAGUAAGGAUGUCAUUAUUUUCCUGUCCUCUGUGUGAGCUUGAAUUCCCUUGUUCAGACACAUUUGGCCCCAGCUAAGCCUAGAGCUAGUCUUGCCCGAUGUUUUCAACAAAAAUACUGGACCCAUUUGACAUUACAUCACACUGGACAUUCCAUCAGGUUGAGCACAUGCUGGAGACAGUUCGAUUGAUUCAAUUAGACUUUAUAAAUUGUUUUUCAAAAUAGAAAUACUGGAUUGCCUGUUCGGUUCCAAACUGUACACCUGGGAACCCUACAUAGAGCAUUUCUCCGAGCUGAGCUGUGGAGCAGAGCAGGGCAGAGACAGAGGUGCCAGAAAAUCAGCACAGGAAGCAUGCCAGUGUUGGGAGCAGAGUCACAGAAGCAGGCCACAGAGCAGACUUGUGCAGUUAGCAAAGCUGCAACAACCAGAGCCGGGGGGCCAGACAAGCAUCCCAGGGAACUAGAGGCAGAUUAGAAGCAUUGCUAAGGAAGAGUGAAACUGGAGAUGAGGCAGAGUGGUGGAGCUGGAACCGUCUGGAGCCAGGUUCAUUCAGGGGGACACUGGGUAGUGGUCCUAGCAUCGGGAGAUGCCCCCAGCCAGGAGGCCACCUAGAGCAUGAGAGGAUGUGUCCACCGCCAGAGUACAUGUCUGAGCCGCAGCAUCCCCGCAGUACAGCCAGGUCCUGAGAGAGGGCCUGUGACUUGUGAUGAACAGACUGAACUUCCCUUACAUUCCAGAUACACUGGUUGUGAUAUCCCAGCGUGUGCCACAGAGUGCUGGAGUUUUUUUUCCUUUGAGCUUUUCACAAUUUAAAUAACAAUUUUAAACAUUUAAGCUGUGUCUAUAUUGGCAAGAUUUUGCUCCAAAGCAGCCGCUCUUUCAAAAAAUCUUGCCCCCUGCCUAUACUGGCCGUGACUAUUUGCGCAAGAACACUGACGUUGUCUCUGGGAAAAGUAAGUGUGAACAAGGACUUAGAUACUUUCACUAACCCACUUCUCCUGUGUAGUGCAUAAGGAAGGAAAUUUCCCCACUGGUGACUGUACGUUAGAACAUUAAGAUCAAGUACAUUACAAGCCUGAAUGACGAGGCCUUGCACCAGAGAUAAUGUACCCCACCAAAUGUGCUGACAGCAGAGUCAAGUGUGCUGAAUUCCCUGAGAGGCACCAUCACCGAGUAGGAUAUGCGGACACCACAGGUCACAAUGGGCAGUGCAAGAGAUGUUCGCUGCACUGCACUGGACUCUCAGCUAAAGUGCCAUCUCACUCCCUUAAGGUCUGCCACAAUGGACAGGGGGUUCAUCCCAGGAUCCAAGGGGUGGUACCUAUCACCUCUGUCAUUCUUGGGGAAAAAUAAUAUGGUCACAUGUCAAACCUGUGUUUUUUUCCAGCCAGGGAGACACCUUAGUUUAAAAUCAGACACCUUUCUCAGGCCUCUACUCCACUGAAAGACAAAGCAAUGAAAAGGCUGUGAAGACACACCUAAAAUUCCUCAGACAAUGGUGAAAAUAGUACUGAAACACCCCAGCCUCAUUCACAUUGAAGACGGGACAGAGGGACAUCUCAUUAGCAUACAGAAUGUAGACCAGCUAUUCCAAAGCCAGACCUGCACUGAACUAUGGUAUACAGAAACCAGACAAGCCAUUUCUGAUGUGGAAUUUCAGAUCAAUCAGAUUCUGAAGCCAGUCUUGCUCACAUCCACAUUCUUCAGUAUCUUACCAAUGAUAGUAACGAUCCUAUUGACAUUCAAAACACUAAAACUGCCUAGCUGCUUUGUGACCUCCAUCAAGGAAAAACAUCCACAUUCAGGGGUGAUCAUUCCCUUUGGUCACACCUCUGUUUAUGUUACAAGUAUUCUCCAAUCACUAGUCUUUCUUUGCCUUGGUGAAACUUUUGUGCUUUGUGGCUUUUAUACUGGAGAAGCUUCAUUGAGAGAGCAACACCAUCUCCUUUCUGAUCGUUUUGUGGCUUCUGCUGUGCUUUCCUUCAACCAUCUGGACACACAGAUACCUUCACCAUCUGGGAACCCUGAUCAGUGUACAGUUCCACGGAGUGAUUUUUCACCAAGCAAAAAGUUUCCUGUACUACACACAUCAUUAUGGAAGUAACUGUUUCCUGUUGUGAACAAUUCUCAGGGAAAUGUUUUGAGGACAAAAUUAAAAAUGUUUUGGCAUACAUAAGGAGUAACACAUAUCCUGAAGGAAUGAAUAAGGCUGGACGAUUCAACCUUCGACGAUUUGCUAGUAAAUUCUCUUUGGAAGAUGGCACAUUGUACCAUUCAGCCAAAGGAAGAAAGGUUGUGCAUACCAUGAAAGAAGCCCUGACACUUUUUGAAAGGUAUCAUGACAGUUUCAUGGGUGGACAUGAAGGAAUAUUCAAAACUAGGAAUAUACUGACUUCAAAAUACUAUUGGCCAGGGAUGACGAGAGACAUUGCCGAUUGGGUUGCGCGAUGUCCGACUUGCCAGAAACACAAAAAGAAAUUACAUGUGGAUAACAGCUUGAGAAGCAUAAAGCUCCCAGAUAUGAAUACAGUCCUUGAAGAUUACUGCAGAGAGUAUGACAUAGAAAAGAAAUUGCGACAUGAGGCUGACAUUGAAAUGGCUUUAAGUAACAUCUCUAAAGCACAAGAAAAGCAACAGAGACAUUAUGUGAAAAGGAAAAGCUCAAAAUACGGUGAAGUAAAAUUUGAUGUUGGGAACUCUGUUCUGUUAUUGAAUGCUAGGAGGAGAACAAGAAAAGGUGGAGUACUAGAACCUACAUAUCGUGGACCAUACAAAAUUACAAGUAUUGAGGGUAAGACAGUGAAAUUAGAAAACAUGUCAGGAAAAAUGUUAGGAACCAAGUACAGCAUUGCACAUUUAAAGCCGUUUAAAGAGCCUCCACAAUUAGCUCCCAAGAGCACAUCAGAGGAAAGCGUUGUAACUGAAAUCACAUUUGGUAACAAUGGGACCACAAAUACCUUCAAAAAGAUUCGAAAAGUGGAUGGGCCUGAAUCGCAUAAUUAUCCUGUUCAACCAUUGAAAGAUAUAAAAAACACAGCAACGGAAGAAGAGGAGAUAGGGGAGGAUCUUCCUCCAAAUGAUAAAAUGCAGGAGGAAUAUGAUUUUGGUGACAUGAUUAUGGAGGAUGUGGAAGACAAAAAAUGGUUUCUGAAAGUAAAAUUUGCAAUGAAUGGCAAACAGAAAAAGAGACUGGAGGCCAAAGUGAAAAAUUACAAAUUGUAUGGCACUUCAUUUCAUUGCCUGAAACCAAGAAGCUGGAUAUGUGAUGAGGUUAUUGAUGCGUAUUUCAGCUGUCUAGUCGAGAAAUCGGGGGGAAAGGUAGAAGCCAUCUCAACAGUAGUUGCCACACAGAUUCUGUUAGGCAGACAAAGAAACCUGAAAUCAAAGAGCAGAUUUCUUCAUCAUGAUAUAAUAUUACUUCCUUACAACGCACCAAAUCACUGGGUUCUUGCGAUAGCACAGAUGGAUACACAAGAACUGGUAAUAAUUGAUCCAUUAUGUGAAGAGAUGAGCUAUGAAAGAAAAUUUCUUAGGAACUGGAGAAACUUCAUCAAAGGAGAAAAGAGCAACUCAACAUCAAAUUGGAAGUGUCAAAUUGUUAGUCAUAAUAGACAAAUUGAUGGCUAUAACUGCGGUCCACUCAUCUUAAAGUUUGCAGAAAUGUAUUUGCAGCUGAAAGACGUCAGUUCUGUAGACAUAUCAGAGGAGGCAAAUAAUGAGUUUAGAAGACACAUAGCAAUUCUUCUAAUGAAGGAGUCAGAAGGGAUAGAAGAAUUCUGCAUAUAUUGCAAUCGGAUCAAUUGUGAAAAGAAAAGUGAGGAAUGCACUAUGGUCCAGUGUGAUUCCUGCAAGAGGUGGGCACAUAUGCCGUGCAUUCCGGAAGGAAUCACUGAAGAAAUGAUCAAUGAUGAGAAGACAGAAUACAAGUGCCAAAAAUGUUCAUAGUGCAGUUCUUCUUCAUAAAGUUGACAAGAUGUGUAAAUAGAUUUAGAUA